GGGUUUGGGCUUCUGCGCUCGCUCUCGGAGGGGAGGUUUGGGCGCCUUUCUGAGUUGAGAAAUCGGGGAGGGGGAGAGAGAAGCCGUCGCCCUGCUGGAAGUGGGUCACGGUCGCUCUCGCCCCGCCGGCGGGUGAGGUGACGGAAUCCUGUUCCCGUUUUCCCUCACCAUGUUACUGCCGUCUGACGUGGCCCGUCUGGUCCUAGGUUAUUUACAACAAGAAAAGCUUUUAGCCACAUGCAGAGCAUUUAUAUUGGAAAGUUCAGAUUUAAAAGAAUAUGCAGAGCACUGUACAGGGGAAGGCUUUGUUCCAGCCUGUUUACUGUCUCUCUUUGGAAAAAACUUAAUUACCAUAUUGAAUGAGUACAUAGCAAUGAAAUCAAAAGAAGCAACGAAUGACGUUCCAGCAAUGAUGUCAUCUUUAUGGAAGAAGUUAGAUUAUACACUUUCUCAGAUCAGGAGCAUGCAGAAUUCAGGUGGAUUUUCUGCUCAUCAACGGAGUCGCACUAGAAGUGCAAUUGCAGAUAUGAAAAAGCAGAAGUGUCUUCAACAGUCAGCCUCUUCUAAUUUAGGAUCAUCACCUGCAGUUUAUCAGCCAGAACAACUAACAUCCACUGCAAUGACCGCCACACAGAUUGUUCUUAAACCAAUUAUAUCUUCAAGUCUGGCUCAGACAAGAUUGAAUCCUUCUUCUACAUAUCAGGGCCAAAUUCAGGAAAGCCAAAUUAACACAGGUGAUUCCCUCAUUUUGGUUUCUGCACUCCAAGAGCGAAAGUUUAACUCAAGUGUAUUGUCUCCAGGAAAAAGAAAAAGUGACUCACAGAAGAAAAGGAGUACUGCAUCAUCAGGACCACAGUUGUCUAAUUGUAGCUUACGAGAGUUUCCUGUAGUGGAAAAAGAAAGCUCUCCCAUGGAAGAAGAAAGUGAGCAACUAGAAAUUAUUGAUGGUGACCUUCCUCAAAUGAUUAUUGAAAAUGCCAGAGAGAAAAUUUUGAGCAACAAAUGUCUUCAAGAGAAGCUAGCUGAAAAUAUUAACAAGUUCUUGGGCAGUGAUGGCAAUAUGGCUCAGACAGUAAAACAGGCAGAAAGUGGUCCAACAAUACAAGAGUCUUCGAUUGAUGAAUUUCUUGGUCUUCAGCAAGGUGAAAUUCACAUGACGGAAGAAGCCAUCCAGGAGAUUCUAGAGCAAACAGAAUCAGAUCCAGCAUUUCAAGGACUCUUUGAUAUAUUUGAUUUUGGUAAAACCAAGAAUUGUAGAAAUGUUUCUCAGGGUAUUCCUACACAGAAUGGAACAGAUAAUUCAAUGUUGAUGGAUGAAGAAAACCUAGAAGCACUUGAAAGUUAUAUUGGCACUAAGGAACUUGAUGAUAAUUCCCAUGAGAGUCUAUCAUACACAGAUGAUCAUUCAAAAGAAGCAUGUGUCCUAAAGAUUGAUUGCAGUGAAAAUGAUUUGACUUUAGAACAGCAUCUAAAGAUACAAACUGUAGUGUCUGGAGAAUUUUCUUCAGGCUCUGAAGUGAGAAGGCAAAGUGAAUCAAUUGAAAUGGAGACACCUGACCAAAGAAUCAAGCAGAAAUCUACCUUUGAAUCUGGGCAAAAUCAGUUUCCUUGUACUGAGCACAUCGUAGAUUCUUAUAACGAACAAGGAACUACCACAAGAAAUUAUAAAACUGAUAAGGAUGUAUUAUGUCAAGGUGUUCAGAACUUACUUGAUUUGCCCUAUAAUCAGUUGGAUACUUCACAAACAGCUUUAUCCGAUAGAACUGAAUGUUGUUCUUUGCCAAAUUAUAUGCUAGCCGAAAAAACAAAUGCAAAGGUGCUUGCUCCCUUGAAAUCUGAUGAAAGUGAAACUGUGAACAAACUUAAUGAAAAUUGCAGCCAUUCACAAGAAAUUGCUGAAAAUUUACAGCAGAUAACAGACCAAUCAUCUGUGUUUCCUGUAUCUGUCCAGCAAAACCGAAAGAGUCCUAGUUCUUCUGAUUGUCAAGGCUCAGAUAAAUUGGAAUCAGAACCUGCUGCAACACUUGUAGUUGAAGCAUCCAAUCCAAAUGUAGUAGAGCUCCAGCUUGAAGUUGUUGGUACUUCCAAUAGCCUUAAUUUGGAUGAUCCAGCUACAGACCCAGAGCCUUGCUUAAAAUAUGGAAACCAGAAAUUGGAGGAGUCUGAAAUAACACAGGUAGAAUUGCAAGAGCCAUCAUCUUCUACAAAAGCAGAUGCCGCGUGCUUAUUUUUAACUCCUGACAAUGAGAGGCCUACAGGAACAACUGUUGAGGCCAAUCCCACUACAUCUAGUGAGUGUCAUUCUCCACUUCCAGAUCCAGCAGGUGAAUCAAGUCCAGGAAACAAAGUUGCUGGGAGUGUUUCAUCUAGUAAUCAAGGCACUGGUGUAGAUCCUUCUAAUAUUGUUUCCUUAAAAAUUAUUAUUAGCGAUGAUCCAUUCAUUUCAUCAGACACUGAAUUAAACAAUGCUGUUUCCAGCAUCACGGGGGAGAAUGUACCAACUAUAAUAUUAUCUUCUCCAGCUAAAUCACCGUCCAAGAUGACAGGAACAUCUAAGUCUAUAGCAGCCGAAGAGUCUGAAAGGCCUGGAGAUUCAGCUUUGAUGGAACAGAAUCUUUUGGUUCUCAGAUCUCAAGAUUCUGUUGUGAGUUCACUCAACAUACAGAACGAAGACUGUGCAGUAUUUUCAGUUGCUGGCACAAGUAAUGUUUCCAAGAAUGGAGAAUUUAUUCAACUGAUGCCAGCCACAAGCACAUCUUUUGGCAGCUCCAACAGUGUUUAUAUUACCUCCUGUAUAUCUGAGCCAACAGCAUUGAGUACUAACGUUACUCCAUCAAAUUUAGUCAUGUUUCCUGGCAAUUCAACGUCUCUUACAUCACAGGUUCCAAUGGCACCACAGUUACGGACACCUCCUAGGACAAACGGUUUGUUUGCCAUGAACCCACCAAUGUCUCCAAACUUUUCACAGGGGUCCGCAAUUAUAAUUGCUUCUCCGGUACAGCCUGUAUUGCAAGGAAUGGUAGGAAUGAUCCCUAUAUCUAUAAUGGGGCAAAAUGGAAAUGCUAUCUCAGAUCCUUCCCGGCAGAUUCUGCAUAUGCCAUUCCAGACUUCAUUGAGCAGUGGAGGUGUUCCUAAGCUUCCUCUUCCUCCAAAAUCUCAUAGGAUACCAAGAAGUAAAUCAAAUGGAGGAAAGCCAGGGCUCAGUGGAUCAGAACCUGUACAACAUCCUGGUUCUCGAAUUCAAAGAAUUGGAAACUCAGACAAAAAUAUUGGUGUGGAUUUGAAAAAGAAACUAGAAACUGUGCCAGCUGAUACUACAAGCCCAAGUUUCAAACAAAAUGGCAGUCACAGAAGAGUGCUUUGCUUUGAUACCACCCAAGCAUCACAAAGAGAAAAGAAUGAGAAUUCUAAGCUCUGUCAAAGCUCUUCUAACACUGUGCUUUCAUCAACAAAAACUCAACCUAGCAAGAGGGAACGUGAAAGAACUCUACCAAGAAUUUUAUGUAAGCCAGAUAUUACUAGCAAAAAUCUGGCUGUAAAGGAAAGCCAACUGGAGAAAAAAGGUUCGGGUCCAGGACUAGCGUCGGAUAUAUUAAGAAAGCAGACGGCAAAUAAAGAGAAUGAAUUAGAAAGGAAUAUUGUCCCCCAAACCCAGGAGGUGGCAGCCUUAUCCAACAGCCAACAAAGUCUUCAUCAUGAGAAGAAUUGUUCCUCAGCCCAGGAAGUAACUAAAAAACAGGGGCUUCAACCAAAUGCCAGCAAUAAAAAUGCAGGCAUUUUACCCUCAAAGGAUCCUAAAAAAGAACAAACAAAGUCUCCCAGUCAAGUCAACAGCUUGACCAGUCCUUUAACUAAGCAAGCUGUGGAAAUGCUGUAUGAUAUUCAAAGGCAUAGCCCCACUAGUAAGCUAUCUGAAAAUGGGGAACUGCCAGUACCCCGGACGCCUUCAGGUACUAGUGACAGACAUUCAGAUGAUACCUUUGAUAUAAGGACCCCAACCUGUAAAAGGUAUAGUGAAGAUAGUACAACACCAAGGAUCAUGGUUCCUCCAGCUACUCCUGAUUUGCCGGCUUGUAGCCCAGCAAGCGAAACGGGUAGUGAAAACAGUGUUAGCAUGGCUGCCCACACUUUGAUGAUACUUUCACGCGCUGCUAUUGCAAGGACUAAUACAACUACUCCACUGAAGGACAAUACUCAACAGUUUAAGUCUUUAAGAAGUGCAGCUAAAAAAAGAAAGCAGGAAGACUCAGUUGAUCGUGAAAAGAAUUCCAGGACUCCCAGUAAAAAGGAUAUUCAGAACUUUGCAUUGCCAAUAAAAAAAAAAAAGAUAAAGCAGAAGAAAUUACCAAUUGCCUUUCCUGCAGAAAUGGAUGUGGAUAAAUUUUUAUUAUCAUUGCAUUAUGAUGAAUAAAUGCCAGCUGUAUUCAAGCACAGAUGUUCUUCAGCGCGAUGGAGAAAAGAGAACAAGUUUAGGAUUAUAUUGCAUAAUCCAUUAAAAUUCAACUUCUGAAACAAAAAUCACCCUGGAUCUAAAGAACUUAAUGGAUGUUUUCUGAGUGAGCCUUUAAAGGUUCUAUGUUAAAUUUGUAGCUUAUUUUGUCAUGUAAUUAUUGUACAGAUUUUCAAGUUGUAAAAGAACAAAAUGCUACUUUUAUUAACACCAGGUGUUGACUAUGUUUUUCUAGAAUUGUUUUAGCAGGUUUUCAUGGUGUCAAACACCUCUUAUCCUAAAGAUGCCUAGAACCAAGUCCGCUGAAUUGUGGAGUAUUUUUAGAUUGUGUGCCUAGGAUUGAACCACAUGGUUUAAUCAAAGCAAACUUCAUAUAAUUGGAUUUGGAUGAAUAGACUUACUAUAUAUACUUGCAGAUAAUCUGAGAAUUUACAGUAGGUGCCAAAAAAACACCCCAAGAAUUGGGUUCAGCUUAUCCAUGAGUAUAUACUGUAAUGAAAGCCUUAGCUGAUUUUGUAUUGAGAACUCUUUCCUAUUUUCUUUUGUCUGUUUUUUUCCCUUUAGUUGUAAUCUAUCAUAAUAAAUAGUUUUCAACUCUUAUUAUACAUAGAUAUUUUAAUAGACUUCUCAUUUGCACAAUAUAAUUUAUUUAGGGAUAUGUUUUUUGCCCUUAGGGAUACAGAUUCAAUUUUGAUAAAACCUUGCUUAACUUGUUUAAGCAAGUGAAUAUUUAAAUAUAUAUCCUGAAGAUGUGACACCAUUUGCAGUAGUGGGCAUCCCACACAAUUAGAACAGCAUGAAUGGGAAAGCAGAACUGCUCAAAGUAUAGAUCUUGGCGCAUGCUGCACAACCCUCCACCUAUGUCCUUGCAGGAGAAGGAAUCCUCUUAGGAAUCUUUCUACUCAGUCUCUCAUAUAAUGUAAAAUCCUCAUUUCCCUGGUUUUAAAUUGUAAGGAUUAGACUAAGGUUCUCUCUUUUUUAGCCUCAAGUAUAUCAAGAAGGUAAUAGCAGUAACAACUUUGCAUUCAAUUGAAACUACAAGGAUAUUUUAAAUAUAGAUCAGGUUCAUUUUGCCUGAUAGUUGGCUAUUUAUAAUCAACAUCUACCAGAUAUUUAAAAAUGACUCUACCAAGAAUUCAAAAAUAGCGUUCCAGCUGUUUAACAAUUCAAUCUGUGUACUUCCACACAUGAAAAUAUUUUUCAAGAGGUUUUAGAGUAGCAAUACAAAGACCUGUUUCAUAUCUCACAGUGGACAGCAUGCUGUCUUCAACCUAAUUUUAAUCUUUCACUGAAAAAAUCUUAUCAAAGUUUGCAUAACCAAAAGAAUAUUGUUGUACCUGUUAAAAAUUGAAACCCUGCUUCUGCUUUCUUUUGCUAUACUGAAACAUAUAUGAGGAUGAAUGACCAAAGUAGCUAAGUAACAGUUCAUCACUGUUUUUUUUAUGGGCAAUCCUAUAUAAAUCAGAUUGGAACUGUGCUGCACAGAAGCCAUCUAUGGAUAUAAAAUCUUAAUUGCUCUUUUAACUCUUGCUUAUAAUUCAAUUGCCAUCCAACUAUCUGGAAUUAUUUUUCUAGAAUGUGAUUUGCUAUUACAAGUUGAAAAGUUUUCCUUUACUUUUCUCAGUUACAACUAUAAGCAAGUACAUACAGGUAAACUUUCAGAAGAGCUGCAAUACUUAGAGUGACAAAGAUUGUUUUUCAAUUUUUCAGUUAUACUCUAACUUCAAAAUGCUAAUUUUUAAAAACUUGAUACUCACAUAACACAAGGUGUAAUUGGCUUAAGUCCCUGAGCCAGAAUAAGAAACCAAUUCAUUAUUGUUGUAUGGUAAAUAUUUAUUCAGUAGCCCUUCUUGUUUUGUUUCUACCAAUUGUGGAAACAUAAUCCAGUAUUACUUUUAUACUAUCUUCCUCCAAACAAGCAGUAGUUUUCUGGGCAAAAAUACAUAUGGCACAACCCACUGCCUUCAUUUUAGGAGGCUAAGGGAGAAGAGCAAAAGAAUGCCUACAAUUCAGUGAUGAGAGCAGGACAAUAUAAAGUAUGAUAAGUAUCUAAAGUAGUUAUGAUAUCUGCAGCGUUGGGUGAUAAUUAACAUGUUUUACUGUCCAAGAUAUAAAAAAAAA